AUGGAAGUAUCACAAGAAAAAGCCAAACAGGAAAUUGAUAGAUCGCUGAAUCUUAGUUUUUUCUGCAUGCGUUAUAUAGGCUUUUCAUUUGAUGAACCAAAACACAGAAUAGCACGCCUUCUGCAGAGAUUAUGGUUUUUUGCCUCUAUUGUUGUAAUUUGUAGCCAUGGAUUUAGUGAGAUCGCUUUUAUCGUGGUAACUUUUGCAAACUCGCCACGUGUUGAAGAUGUAGUUCCUUUAUUUCAUACAUUGGGUUAUGGUAUAUUGAGCGUAUCCAAGGUCUUUGUGCUGUGGUAUAAAAAAAGAGUUUUUAAACAACUUUUGAGUGAACUCACCGUCAUCUGGCCCAUAGCUCCUUUAGAUGACGAAGCUUAUAGUAUAAAAAAUCAGAGUCUGAAAGCGCUACGACUUGUUCAUCGCUGGUACUUCGCAAUAAAUUUAUCUGGAGUGUGGUUUUAUAAUAUGACACCAAUGGGUAUAUAUUUAUAUCAAAUUGUUCGCGGUGAAGAUGCUCGUUUGGGUUUUAUUUGGGCAUCUUGGUAUCCAUUCGAUAAGACGCAUCCCAUUACUCACGUAUUCCUGUACGUCUUUGAAAUACUAGCUGGACAAAAUUGUGUGUGGGUUAUGAUUUGCACAGAUUUACUUUUUUCUGGUAUGGCAAGUCAUAUUGUUCUUCUUCUUCGUAUUCUCCAAGGACAAUUGAAAUCUCUUUCAGUCUCUGCUUACACAGAAGAUCAAUGCUAUCAUAAUAUUAUCAAUUGCAUUAAACUUCAUCAACGCCUCAUCAGAUAUUGCAAAGAUAUCGGAGAAGCAUUUUCAUUUGCGAAUUUAGUAAAUAUUAUACUAAGUUCAGUGAACAUAUGUUGCGUUGUUUUUGUUAUCGUCCUUUUAGAACCUAUGGUUGCCAUAAGUAAUAAGUUGUUUCUUGGAUCAGCAUUAAUCCAAAUAGGCAUACUAUGUUGGUAUGGAGAGGACAUUAUCCAUGCGAAUGCAAACAUUGCAGCAGCUGCAUACGCCAGCGACUGGUACAACAUGAGCCCGCGAUGCAGGCGCGCUCUAUAUUUUCUCCUACAAAGAGCCCAGAAACCAAUUUCGUUCACCGCUAUGAACUUCACCAAUAUUUCUUUGGUUACGUAUACCGGGAUUUUAACAAGAUCUUACUCCUACUUCGCUCUUCUUUAUACACUUUAUAGUGAAAAUUAA